AUGCAGCUUCUGGUGUUCCUGGUGCUGUUCGUGAUUGACUCAUUAGGCCAAAUGCUGGAGAAAUCUCGUUCAGUAUGGGUCGAACAGGGGCUUGUUCGGGGGAAAAUCUACAAUAUCGACGGGCGUCAUAUCCAAAUAUUUCGCGGUAUUCCCUAUGCAGAGCCGCCUAUCGGCAGUCUACGAUUUCAGAAACCCGUGAAAAAAUCUCGAUGGCAUCAGGAGCUGUCCGCGGUCGAGUACGGUCCUCCUUGUAUACAGUUUAUGGAUUUCCAUCGAUACGACAAGUACUCGGCAGAAAACAUGGAGCGACAGAGCGAAGACUGUCUCUAUCUGAAUGUUUUUAGUCCUUAUGAUCAUGAGGACGAGUCAAAAACGUUUCCGAUUAUCGUAUGGAUACAUGGCGGUUCGUUUCUUGCUGGAUCUGCUGAUACGGGUAUCGACAUGGAGACAGUCGCUAGGAAUAUAAUAUUCAAGGGAAUCACGUUCGUCACCAUUAACUAUCGAUUGGGACCUCUUGGUUUUCUGAACAUGCGAAGUGGUGACAAAGUCGAGGGCAAUUUUGGGAUCUGGGAUCAGGUGAUGGCUCUUAAAUGGAUCCAAGCCAAUAUCAAACAAUUUGGAGGUGACCCAACUAGGGUCACGUUGAUGGGCGAGUCAGCAGGAGGCGCUGCGUGUAGUCUACUUGCAGUGAGUCCAAGAACUCAAGGGUUAGCGCAGCAAGCGAUUAUAAUGAGUGGCUCGGCCACAGCUGGUUGGGCUAUCCAUCGACACGGAACGCCUGCAUGGAGUGUGGAGAAUUUUGUCAGCUACCUAAGGUGCGAGAAAACAAUGAGCAGCGACUACACACGGGAAGUGAUCGGUGACGAAUACACACCAGAGCUUUUGAAGGCGAUGAAGUGCAACUACCAAACAGAACUCGUUUCGUGCUUAAACGACGAUCAGAAGCCUGAAGAGCAGAUGGAUUGUCUUCGGAAGGAAAUUAACUUCACUUCACUACUUUUCCGGAAGACACUUGCAGUCGAACUCGGCGUGUCGAAGAUGGUUGUUGACGGGGAUCUCAUACCAACGUCCGGCGUAGAUCUAGUUCGAAAUUAUGCUCGAAUCCCCAUCAUGACCGGAGUUGCGCGAAAAGAAUGGGCGCAUAAAAAGCCACAGUUUUAUAACCUUCAUCGAAAGUCGACGCUAACGGCAGAGGAAUCCGCCGAGAGCGUAUUUCGCAUCGUAGAAGGUUCAUUUCACGACACAUCGGCUACAAAGCUCAGCAACUCAACGCUGUAUCUGGUGGCCAAUGCUUCCUUUGUGAGAUACAUCGAUGAUCCAACAAAUACAUUUGAGACGAGCCGAGUGGUAUCUGCCUUACAAAUGAUGGAGGCCGACAUCGAGUUCGUCGCUCCUUGUCAGAGAGAAAUCGAUGCAUAUGUCCAGAACAAUUUGACUGUAUAUGCCUACUCAUUUGAUUACAUUCCAGAAAGCCCAAUUUUUGAGGAGGAAAAGAAAGUUUUCGAUUUAUUUGGCAAGGACCCCGUGACGAUUGUGAGGAAAGAUCAAACGCUGAAAGAUCGCAAGAUUGAAGCAUUUCACGGUUUGGACCACGCGUUCAUUUUCUCACGAGGAUACAGCAGUAACUUCGAGAUUCGACCGUUCACCAAGAGGGACGAGAGCAUGGCUAAAAUACUGACGAAUAUGGUGACAAACUUCGCGAAAAGUGGCGAUCCUUCCACAAAGCGAUUCACGUGGCCACAGUUUAGCGGUAACAACACUACCGAGCACAUAUCAAUAGAUCUUCCGCCGAAAGUGAUCCAGGGCGAACUGCAUUGGCCUAAUCCGAAAUUUUGGAAUGUGGAAGCGGAGUUGAUAAGCCGACAUGUGUCCGCCAUUGGGGACACGGUUGUGGAUCCAGAUGCGGACCUCAGCAAUGAGGAACGAGUGCAGCUAAGCGCAUAUCGUCGAGCGUGGUGGGCUCUAUGGCUGCUCGUUGCCGUGUUGGCGAUCGUCAUUUGGGGCAUCGUCAUUUAUGCGGUCGUCUCAAAAGGAAGCAGUCCUAGGAAUAAGCCUUACGACAAUAUCGUUAUAACACGAUAA